GAUUUAGCAGUGACUUCGUGCUCUCCUUCUUCUCUCUCCCUCUGAAAAAGCGUUACCGGCGGCUACCGGAGAUCGGAUACUCGCCGGAGAAUCGGAACUGUACGGGUCUAGGCCAAUCGCCGUUGAGGAUAAAGUAGCGGUAGAAGACGAUGAAGGUUUUUGUCAAGACUUUGAAAGGCACCAACUUCGAGAUCGAAGUCGACCCCAAACAGUUGGUUGCUGAUGUGAAGCAAAUUAUAGAGAAGGCACAGGGAGCAGAUGUGUACCCGGCCUCGAAACAGAUGCUUAUUCACCAGGGGAAAGUUCUUAAGGAUGCCACAACUUUAGAAGAAAAUCAAGUCGCGGAAAACAGCUUCAUUGUGAUAAUGUUGAGCAAGGCUUCACCGAGUGGAAGCUCCAGUACCCAAAGUGCCCCCAAAAGUCAGGUUCAACCUGCAAGUACUCCUAGCUCGGCGACACCACCAGCAGCAGCUCCAGCUCCAACCUCAGCUGUGGCACCGUCACAACCUGUUGUUGAAACUUCUGCUGUUGUAGCUCCAUCUGAUUCUUCAGUAACUGAUGUGUAUGGGCAAGCUGCAUCAAAUCUUGUUGCAGGAAAUAGUUUAGAAGCUACCGUUCAACAGAUUCUAGAUAUGGGUGGAGGAAGUUGGGAUAGGGAUACCGUUCUUCGUGCUUUACGUGCUGCAUUUAACAACCCUGAAAGGGCUGUUGAAUAUUUAUAUUCAGGAAUUCCUGAGCAAGCUGAAGUACCUCCAGCUGCCCCAAUUCCUGUUGGUGAACAGGUAAUGAAUUCUCCGGCAAUAAAUCCUCCCACCCAGGCUCCACAAGCAGCAGCUCCUACCAGUGGUCCCAAUGCAAACCCGCUGGAUCUAUUUCCACAGGGCGUUCCUAGUGUUGGUGCAAACGCCGGAGCAGGCAAUUUGGAUUUUCUGCGAAACAGUCCGCAGUUUCAAGCUUUGAGAACUAUGGUGCAAGCAAACCCGCAAAUUCUCCAGCCUAUGCUCCUUGAGUUGGGAAAACAAAAUCCAAAUUUAAUGCAGCUCAUUCAAGCCCAUCAAGCUGAUUUCUUACGCUUGAUAAAUGAGCCUGUUGAGGGGGGUGCUGAAGGGAACAUUUUGGGUCAGUUGGGUUCAGCGGCAAUGCCACAGGCAGUGACGGUCACGGCAGAGGAGAGAGAGGCCAUUGAACGUCUUGAAGCUAUGGGUUUCGAUCGAGCCCUAGUAUUGGAGGUAUACUUUGCUUGCAAUAAGAAUGAGGAGCUGGCGGCAAACUAUCUUUUGGACCACAUGCAUGAAUUUGAGGAAUGAUGAGCUGAAUGGAUUCUUCUGGUAUUCUGGUUCUGUGUCUGAACUCUUUACCAUGUGGGUUAAGUUUAUUAGGGUGUCUUAUUAUCCAAUUUCAUCUGUCGUGCAACUCUCCAGACCUUGUCAAUCCCUUUUAUGUUUGGAUGGCGCAAAGUUCUGUUUCAAAUAUUGGUUACAAUAUCAUUAUAGAUAUUCUUUUCCCAAAAGACGAUGAUUAUGUCUUUAUGCAAGUCAUAGAGGUGAUCUUUUGCAA